UGACGACCGAUUUUGGUUCGAACUUUCGACGCUUUCCGAAGUAGCUAAAACGGAACGCGUCUCCUACUCUUUCCGCUUCUUUCAAAUGCAGUAAAAGACUCGUCUUUUCCGGCGGUGGACGCCAUAUGAGUAGUAUUUUUGAAGUGUGCUAGUCUCUAAGGACGUUUUCGAUUGCGGUUGUCAUCCCAUUGCAUACGGCUCCAGCUUUCAUCCGACCGUAAUGGAUUUGGAAUUUAAAGAUGUGGAAAAUACUCCUACUGAUCAAAAGAGGCACAAAAUCCGUAUCACAUUGACUUCUAAGAACAUCAAAAGUUUAGAAAGUGUGUGCUCUGAGAUGAUUGCUGAUAUCAAAAAGAGGAAACUGCCAGUUAAAGGACCAGUACGUAUGCCAACCAAAUUCUUGCGUAUCACAACUAGGAAAACACCUUGUGGUGAAGGUUCAAAGACAUGGGACAGAUUCCAAAUGAGAAUUCAUAAGAGGGUGAUCGAUUUAAAAUGCCCAAGCGAUAAAGUCAAACAAAUCACUAGUGUCAACCUCGAACCCGGUGUUAUUGCUGAAGUUAGCAUUGCUAGCGAGUGAUGUGUUUUUUUUUAUAUAAUAUAUGAUUUGAAUGGUACGACAACUAAUAUCAUGUCUAAUAAAAGUUAAAAAUUACAUCA